AUGUUAAAAAAAAAAAUAUUUACAGAAGAAAUAACCCUUUGUAUUGUUCAAGUGAUUUCUUUCCUUGGUAUUCUUUUUUUUGCUAAAGGGUUCUUUCCAUAUAAACCUAUGCUUCAUGGAUUUUCAGAAGAUUCAUCAAUGAUACAGGCACCUUUCAAUCGACUAGUGUUUAUCUUAAUUGAUGCUUUACGAAGUGAUUUUGUUUUUUCUAAUAGUUCCUCUAUGACUUUUACACAAAGUUUAAUAUUCUCUGGAAAAGCAUAUCCGUAUACUGCAUAUGCAUCACCACCAACUGUAACAUUUCCACGUAUUAAAGCAUUGACUACAGGCUCUAUUCCAGUAUUUUUAGAUGCAGUUUUUAAUAUCGCAGAAUCAAAUACAUUAUCUUAUAUUAAUCAAGAUAGCUGGCCAGUACAGAUUGUCUCAAAGGGUAGGAAAAUUGCAAUGUAUGGUGAUGAUACAUGGAUAAGACUUUUUCCGGGAUUAUUUUUUAGAUCAGAAGGAACUUCUAGUUUUUAUGUGACAGAUUUUACAGAGGUAGAUACAAAUGUGACAAGGAAUGUCUAUCCUGAAAUGCAAAGAAACGACUGGGAUGUUUUAAUUUUACAUUAUCUUGGAUUGGAUCAUAUCGGACAUUUAGGAGGUCCUUAUAGUCCACAUAUGCCUCUAAAACAAAUUGAAAUGGACCAUAUUAUUAAGGAUAUUUAUAAGUUUAUUGAAGAACAAAAUCAAAAUUCUAAAUUUAACACUCUUAUGGUAAUAUGUGGUGAUCAUGGAAUGAAUAAUGCAGGAAAUCAUGGAGGUUCUUCAAAAGGUGAAACAUCAGUAGCUUUGCUUUUUAUAUCGUCACUUUUUUCGCAAAAAAGGCCUUUAAAUAGUUUUGACGUACCAAAUAAAGAAUUUCAAUAUUAUUUUUCUGCUCAACAAGAAGAUAUUAUACCAACUUUAGCAUUUUUAUUAGGAUUUAAUAUUCCUAAAAAUAGCAUAGGAGUGGUAUUGCCUGAAUUGUUAGACCUUUGGCAAAAUACAACAGAUCAACUAAAAAUUUUAAGAACCAAUUAUAAUCAAAUCUCUAAACUAAUAGAAACAGCUUAUGACCUUUUUUCUGAUAUUCCAGAUGAUCAAUCAUGUUCUUACGUUCAAAACAAUAUAGAAAAAUUGGCUUGUAUUAAAAAAUAUAUAAGAAAAUUAGAAGAUGAAGGAAUUGAGUUAGAAUACCUAAAAGAACAGUAUUUCAAUUAUAUGAAAACAGCACAGAAUGUUAUUUCUACAAUGUCAACAAAUUACAAUACAAAUUAUAUGGUUUUAGGAAUAAUUUUAUCUAUUUUUUCAUUACUUAUAUCUGUUUUUUAUAACUUCCAAAAAAAUUACCAUGUUUACUACUUAAUUAUACUAGGAACAAUAUUCGGUAUUCUUAUGUUUGCAAGUAGUUAUAUAGAAGAAGAACACCAAUUUUGGUAUUAUUUAGGAACUAGUUUUUGCUUUUUUCAAUUAUUUAUCAACUUUAAGUAUAAAAAAUCAUAUUUUCCAAUUAUUAAAUUUUUUGUAUUACUUUAUAUUGCUAAAAAUUGGAAUAGGACAGGUCAAAAAUUCCUAGAUUUUUCUGAUAUUGCAAAGUAUAUUUCUAACAAAAAGACUUUAUUAUUGUUUUUGGUUAUAAGUGCAUAUAUUUAUAUAUUUUUUAAAUUGUUACAUCAAACAUUUCAAAUAUUGCCUUGGAUUUAUAAUUAUUUUUUAUCUAUAACAAUUCCAUUAAUUGCAUUUUUUUGUAAAAUUAUUCUAGAAACAAAAUCUGAAACGUUUCAGACAGAAUGGAGCUCUGAAAUUAGAAACUGGAUAAGUUAUAAAUAUUUUGAUUUAAUAAUAUUUUCUCGUUUAACAUUUUUCACUAUUUUUAUGGGAAUUGUUAUUUUUUUAUUAGCAUCAUUAGGAAAAAUUAAUGAAACUUCUACUUUAAUGACAGGACUACAUCCUUUAUUAAGCAUAUUUUUAAUCACUGAGAAUCGUAUAAUUAAUAUCCCACUUUUUCUCAUAUUUCAUUUACAAUUAGAUAUCAUUUCUUCUUACAAGUUUAACUUAGGACUCGUAUCAUUAAUAAGUUUAAUUUUUCAACAUUAUUCUUUUUUUGCUUUAGGAAAUUCAAAUUCUAUUUCUUCUAUUGAUUUAUCAAAUGCGUAUAUUGGUAUUAGAAAUUAUAACGUUAUUAUUGUUGGAAUUUUAACAUAUAUAUCUAAUUGGUCAGGCCCUUUGUGGUGGUACUUUGGAUGCUUUCGUCUUUUUCCAAAAAAAUAUCAAAAAAAAAUUUUUUCUAAAUUUUCUAUAUUAUUAAUGAUUUUUUAUGUAUUUUCGCAAACAUUUCUUUUCAUUUCAUGUUAUAUUUUACGCAAUCACAUAUUUAUAUGGACAGUUUUUUCUCCAAAAAUACUUUAUCAUAUAUAUAUGGUUACUAAUGACUAA